AUGAACAUUCUCCCUCGCUACUUGACACUGGCAUUGGGCGUUUCAGGCUUACUUCAGAUUGCCUGCGCACAAGAAUGCGAAACAACCAGCACGAUCGACCAGGCCACAGGCGAAAAGAUUCUACGACUGGCCAGUCCAGACCAACUUGCUAUCUUUGAAGGCUGCGAUACCAUUAUCGGCCACAUCCUCAUUGGAAAUAACUACUCGGGAGAUUUUAUCCUCAAUGGCGUUACCGAAUUUCGCGGAAGCAUCUCGACGGAGGCGCCUGAACGCUCCCACGCGCAGACCCUGGGAUUGGUCCAGUUACUGAAUGUUACGGACAUUGGGAAUAUGUCACUUUAUGGUCUAAUCGAUGAUGUGCGCUUGCCUAACCUGCAGAAAGCAGGCGAUGUUGUCUUGGGGCAAACGUCCCCGGGCACAGAGGUAGAUCUAGGGUCGCUGGUAGAGGCAAGUAAUGUUAAGAUUCAAGGAAGCUGGACAAGAUCUUUGAAAACAGUCGGCCAGGUUUUGGAGGUCUCGGGGUCCUAUGACCGCGGAAUACAUCCUGGCGUGGCGUUUCCCUACCUUGAGAUUGACUUUCCCUCACUGAGGACAACGAACGAACUAUCGAUUUUUGGGGCAGUCAAAAGUGUCUCGUUCCCACAUCUGGAAGUAGUAGGAUUUCAAGAGCCGUAUCCUACAACCUAUCAAGGUUUGAGUCUUAGUAUCAACGGGAUGGAAUCCACUUUAGAUUUCAAUGCUCCAAAGCUCCACACCUUAAAUGGCUCCCUUGGUGUUUAUGGCGAUGUCUCUGGGCUAAGCCUCGGUGCCUUGGGAAAAACUACAUUGGCCAUUAUAGUGAAUACCGAUGUUCCGGUUAACAUAUAUUCAACCAUUAAGUCGGCGAAAUUCUUUUACCUUUGGGGUGUGCUACAGAGUAUCCAUCUUCCUAAUUUCAUUGAUAUGGGCGACUUCGGCCCUGCAUACGAGCCGGCAAUCCCUUGUAAUGAGACACUUUACAGACUGUGGGCAUCACUCCCUCAUAACUACUCUCCUAGUGAUGGUCGAUGCACCAGAUCCAAUGCUACGCAUUAUUAUAAAGGCCCUGGUACCAGAGACCAAAGUACUUCAAACGAUAACCAACAUACAAAUCCUGAUUACGACAAGAGCAAGAAUAAUGGAGGGCCCAGCAGCAAUUACUACGCCAAAGAAGACCAGAAUAGCAUUGACAACAAGAAUUCAAACAACAAUAACGAAGAUAUAACCCUCAACAACCCAUACCCUGGUAGUCAUGUUGACUCAACGAAUGAUAAUAUCGAUUCUGAAGCUCCUACUGGUAGUAAGCCUUAUGCCAAGUGGCCUUGGCCAGUCUCAGUGGGCUUGGAUAUGCUGGUGCAGUCGUGGGAUACCAUGGUUCGAUUAGGCGGCUACUAG